UACGUCUCCUUCCUUAGUAGAGAUUCGGGAUACGUUUGAGAGAUCUGGGACUUGGGUAGUCCUCUCCAUGCCUCUCGAAUCUGUGUUUGGCCUUUUGUGCGGUGUCCUUGACGUCACUUUGUCAAAGGCGUUUGACAGGAACUUGUGGCGUCUUUUUCCAAAAGCAACCGACGCGCGUAUGCACGUUGGAGGACUGCCAUCCUUGUCACUGCGUCCUAUCCGUCGUAUAGAUGGUGACUGGUCUAAUACCGGGGCAGCCAUCGCCAUACCCGGAUAUGUAAGCCACGUGCUCGUGUGCAGAUCAUCGGGUGCAUAUCUCGUCAAUAUUGAAUCGAAUGAAGUGGAGGAAGCGGCAGGAGACAAUUUGGAUGUUCUAAAGGAUUGUACAGCUCUGGUUAGUGUCGGAGACAAGAUGUACGCAUUUGGAAGCAGAUUAUACGAAGUGACGUACAAACCUCUCGAUUCCUCAUUCCAAUGUAUACAACUAGGAGAUGAAGACUGGAGUGGCACUCUCACAGCUUGUCCAUAUGAAAACGCUAUUCUUGCUGUUCGAACAAGAAAACUGAUGUUUGGUCUACUACCCCGCACAAAUUUGUAUUACAUCAAUGUGGAUACAGGUUCAUCCCAAGUUCUAUCCGGGAUAUACCAACCUUGGCGGGUAGUCGGUGCUCUCGUUAAUACAGUAGAUGUCGAUGGUAAAGAGAAUGUAAUUGCUAUUUGCGGCUCUUUGUGGAAACUAAAGAUAACGUUGCAAGACGGAGUCGUCACACGCAUCCACAGUACGAGACUAGACGAAGCCGGGGAGGGCCAUCAACUCAUAGAAGGUUUUAACUGUCUGUUUGAGUCUAUGCAUGGGCGUGGAUGGCAAUUUACACGGUCAGCAGCUGUCCAUAUUGAUAACAAGAAGCUCUAUGUUGCAACUGGCAAACAUUAUCUACCAGGAAACGUACUCGGUGGUCUUUUCCGAGUUGAUCCGUUUUGUGAGGGUGAAUAUUCGACGGUUUAUGGGGGUUGGAACACCAUUCAAACUGUCGUGGAUGUGAACAGAUAUCUAGUGGUAUUCACCACUAACAAACUUUAUGUACUAGAUGUAGACUAAUAGCUCCCUUGUAUGUACCCAUGCUUAUUAUGCUUCUUUUGCUGUUGAAUUUGAUUUAAUUAACAAGUAGUUCAAGCUGA